GGGGCCUGUCUGGAUACGGGUGGGGAGUUACGCACAUUAGAGAAGCUGAACUCCUUCCUUCGUUAGAGCUGCGUUCAGCACAAAGCUGUACUGGAUCUACAGCCUCGGUGUUGGUUGAUGAGCUCUGGGAGGUUGACGGUCUGAGCUGAUGAAGCGCUGACUGUACUGUAGCCUACAAACAGGCUGCUGAAAUCUGAUGCCUUGGGCCAGUUCUUAUUCUCUAUAUAUUUCUACCGUGGAGAUGGCUGCGAAAACGUGGCAGGCUGGUACGCAGUGCGUCGCCAAAAGUGACCACACCAAGCCUAAAACCAGUGAACUUGCCUAUCUUAAAGGAGACCUCCUUACCAUACUGUCAGUGGAAAAGGGAAAGGGCAUCUUCAGGGCCAGACACAAUAGAACGGGUGAAGAGGGUCUGAUCUCUGCUUCGAAAGUGCGAGAGCGGGAGGCCCUGCGCGUGGACCCCCACCUCAGCCUCAUGCCCUGGUUCCAUGGUAAGAUCUCUGGUCCGGAGGCUGUCGGUAAGCUGCAUCCUAUGGAGGACGGCCUGUUCCUUGUACGCGAGUCUAUCCGGCACCCAGGUGACUAUGUGCUGUGUGUCAGCUUUAAUCAAGAGGUCAUUCAUUACCGCAUCAUCUAUCAGGACUCCAAACUGACCAUCGACAGAGGGCAAUACUUUUACAACCUCAUCGACAUGGUGGAGUUCUACUCUAAGAAUAAAGGAGCUAUUGCAACCACACUGCAGAAGCCGAAGGAGAAGGAAGGCACCAAAUCAGCAGCACUGCAACUGUACAAAACGGGAUGGCUACUGGAUCUCCCCAACCUGACUCUAGGAGAGAAAAUAGGACAGGGCGAGUUUGGAGCGGUGUAUGUAGGUGAGUACAUGGGCAGGAAGGUGGCUGUGAAGAACAUAAAGUCUGACGUCACUGCUCAAGCUUUCCUGGAUGAGACGUCGGUCAUGACGAAACUCCAGCAUAAAAAUUUAGUGCAGUUAAUGGGAGUGAUUCUACAUAACGGCCUCUACAUCGUGACAGAGUUCAUGGCUAAGGGCAAUCUGGUGAACUAUCUGAGGUCACGGGGACGUUCGGUCAUCACUACAGUCCACCUCCUGCGCUACGCACUAGAUGUGUGUGAAGGGAUGGAGUAUCUGGAGUGUAAAAAGCUUGUUCAUCGAGACCUGGCUGCCCGCAACAUCCUUAUAUCUGAGGACAACGUGGCCAAGGUCAGUGAUUUUGGCCUGGCCACAGUCGACCUGGAAAAGGUUGACUUGCAGAAUAUUGACAGCACAAAGUUACCUAUCAGGUGGACCGCACCGGAGGGCCUGAACAGCAAGAAGUUCUCCACACGCUCAGAUGUUUGGAGUUAUGGCGUGCUCCUGUGGGAGAUUUUCUCCUAUGGCAUGCUGCCCUACCCCAAGAUGAGUCUGAAGGAGGUGAAGGAGGAGGUGGAGAUGGGCUAUCGCAUGGCGGCUCCUGAAAAUUGCCCACCUGAGGUUUAUGUCCUAAUGAAGGCCUGCUGGGACAAGGAACCCAAGAUGAGGCCGUCGUUCCACAAACUCCGAGAGCGUCUACAGACCGAACUGACCAAAUACGAGUCUGCCAAAGGGUCGUGACUCCAUAUAACUGCUUCCUUCAGAGGAGAAGAGACAUUUUACUCUAUAUAUACUCUAAUAUCACACUAUACUGGACAGCUCUGGGGUGUUACAUCAAGGCCUUGUUCACAAGGAUUUGACACUGAAUGUAGUCUGCAGACUUGCUAAGUUAUUAUUUCUUAUUUAUCUACAGCUUUAUGAAGCAGUAAUGUUAGCGCAUGGGUGCUCCUGGUCACAUGACAUGUUUUCUUGAUUUUCUAAGUGAAAAUAAGUUAAUACAUCCUCUACAGAGACACACUUGAAUUUUAAGGGUCCAUAUCAUGGAAAAACACAUUUUACAGUGUUUUUUUUUUUUUUUACAAUAAAGAGUUUGUAGAGUGUAAACAUUGCAAAAGUUUCAAAACAUACCAUUCAGUUUGGGCUACUGGACAAUAAGAAUAAAUAUUGGAAAAAUUAUUGGUGAAAAAAUGUGGUCUGUGCAAAAGUUCUGGCACAUUUUAUAGUUUAUGUUUUUUCCCAAUAUGUUAAACUCGGCAAGUAAAUAGAAAUUGUGCAGUGAAUAUUUAAGUGUGUUCCUGUUAGAGGAUAUGAGAACUUAUUUUCAUUUAGAAAAUCAACUAAACAUGUCGUUUCACCAGGGCUGUCCAGACUUUUGCAUACAACUGUAUUACAAAAGGACAAUGAACUUAUUUAAGUGAAGACUCAGGUCUUGUAUUGAGGCUUUAAUGAGACACACUGAUGAUGUGAUUGUACAGCAUGUGCUGGAAGUUAAUUUAAGAAAUGAUACUAUGGAGCGUAAAUGUGGAAAGAAAAGAGCUGAACGAUGGCAGACAUGCUUAAGACCUGAGACACUCAAACUCAGGUCCAAAGCAAGCUCUACCUACGAGGAACCACCUCCGCUCAGGAUGCGCAGAACUGUUCUCACCUUUGUGCUCUUGUGUGUGUAGAUUUUGUUCUUACCUAAGAACAAACCCCAAAUAAGAGAACAUUAUUGAAUGUCAGAAUCUUCGUGAAAACUGCGUAAGUGGGUUUUAAGAAGAAAUUUCUUUUUAAGAAUUGUUGAGUGAGGCCCUUUGAAAACAAGGGUUGUGUUGUAGGAGUAGCUUUAAUAUUUAUUUUUGAUAAAAAGAAAUGUGUGUGUGGUGUGCAAAAGUGAGACAUUAUUGCAGCAGUUUAUUAUGGAUAUGUAACACUUCUGUUAUAUAAGCUUUUAUGCAAUAUGUAACCUUCUGAUCUCUUCCUCUGUUCCUCAAACACACAUGACAGCGACACACAUACAGUGCUGUACAAACGUCAGUUAUUCAAUUUUCAGCCCCAGGAAUGAACAAGAACAUUACACAGAUUUCAACAUGAUACUUUUAAUAUAUUCAGUGAGUCACUCUUCACCUUCAUUCCAGCUUCCAUUCUUUUCAGGAGUCUCAC